CUCUCCUGAGCGCAAUUUCACAUGACGCAACGGCUGCGGGAAGCGGUUCGCGAGCCGUGCCCGCCGCCGCCAUUUUGUGAGCGCGGAGACUGAGCCGGCGGCGGCCCGAGGAGCGGCGGCACCGGCAGCGCAGCCAGCGGGAGCCUCAGCGUGGAGGAUGCGGUAGAGGAGCCCAGCGGCAGCGGCGGGGGGGCGGCAUCGGCAUCGCUCGGCGGCGGCUGCGGGGAAUCGCGGGGAGGGGGCUGUCGGUCGGUGGGUCGGGUCCUGGUCGGAGCAGCAUGUCGGCCCCGGAGAGCAGCGCUGGCAGCAGCGAGGCCCGGGAGGACGCGUGCCGCGACUACCAGUCGUCGCUGGAGGACCUGACGUUCAACAGCAAGCCGCACAUCAACAUGCUGACCAUCCUGGCCGAGGAGAACGUGCCCUUCGCCAAGGACAUCGUCUCCCUGAUCGAGGCGCAAAUCGCCAAGGCUCCUGCAUCAGAGAAGCUACCCGUUAUGUACCUAAUGGAUUCCAUUGUCAAGAAUGUGGGAAGAGAGUAUCUCACAGCAUUUACUAAAAACCUAGUUGCAACAUUUAUUUGUGUAUUUGAAAAGGUGGAUGAAAAUACUAGGAAAAGUUUAUUUAAAUUACGCUCCACAUGGGAUGAUAUUUUUCCUUUGAAGAAACUAUAUGCACUUGAUGUCAGAGUCAACUCAUUAGAUCCUGCCUGGCCAAUUAAACCUCUGCCCCCAAAUGUGAAUACUUCUAGCAUCCAUGUGAAUCCUAAGUUUUUAAAUAAAUCGCCAGAGGAAUCUAAUGCACCUACCUCUGCUGUCACUUCUGGUGCCUCUACUCCUCCAGCUGUUCCUGAAAUACAAAAGAAUUUGACACAGGAGCAACUGAUAAGGCAGCAAUUGCUUGCAAAGCAAAAACAGUUGUUAGAACUUCAGCAAAAAAAACUAGAGCUGGAGCUGGAACAGACUAAAGCACAGUUGGCUGUAUCUCUUAGUGUUCAGCAGGGAUCAUCUAGUAUAGCUUCAGUUCCAGCACCUUCCAAGCAACACAUGUCUCCCACACCUCAUAUGACAGUUAAACCACCUCAUCAAACUGCUUCGCAAUCUGAAAAAAACAAACCGUCCUCAAGUCCUCCACUUCAUGAUAUCAAAAUAGUGAACAGGGAUCCUCGGCUUAAUAGGAUGGGUCAGCAUUCUUCUCAUACUAAAGAUCAGUCUCACAGGAAGGAAUUUUCACCGAGUGUGACCAGUCAGUCUGAGACCAAGGGAAACAAAACAGCACAGGCUGAAAAACAGAACUCAACGAAGUCAGAAAAAUCGAAAGCAAGUGAAAAAACACAGAAGAAAGAACUUGAACAGUCCAAAGCAAAGUCUAAAUCGCCAUCCCCUUUGAAAAAUAAGCUGCCUGAUGCUAAAGACAGUAAAAACCAAGAAUGUGAAAGUACUAAGGCUUCUGACAUCAGUAAGCGGGAUCCAAGACUGAAAAGACAUCUUCAAGAUAAGUCAGAGGGGAAGGAAGAGGAGGUCAAAGAAAAGAGGAGAAGUACAGAGAAGAAGGAGAAAGAGGAGCAUAAGACAUGUGAACAUAGACCAGUGGGGAGCAGAAAUAAAGUGAUUAACGGUGCUGUUCAGAAACAAGACACAACUACAGAGGAGUCAGAAAAACAGGGUGGGAAACAAGGAAGAUCAAGUAGUAGAAAACGGUCACGAUCACGCUCUCCUAAGGCAAGAUCCCCAUCUACACACUCUCCAAAAAGACGAGAGAGGAGAUCACCUAAAAGAAGACUUCGGAGUUUAUCUCCUACUUCAUCAACUCCUAAAAUUGGAAAGAUGCGUCAGAUAGGCCCUAAGCAGUCUCAUGUUGAGGAAGGCACACAAGCAGCAAGAGAUGAAAGAAAUUCUAAUAAGAGAAAUGUUAAACAAGAGGUGCGUGAUCCAAGGAGAUUGAAAAAAGCCCAAGAAGAAAGACCCCAAGAGACAACCACCCAGCAUUCUGCAAAAGCUUCUCCAGAUCCAAAGGAGAAUGCAGAAAACUGGCAGGGAUCUAAAUCAGGCAAGAGGUGGAAAUCUGGUUGGGAAGAAAGCAAAAACUCACAGCAGAAUGAUGAACACCAAGCACUUGUUAAAUCCCCUCACCAAAGACAUCGGGAAAACUGGCCUGCUGGUAAAGGAAUUCUAUCACCCCGAGCACCAAAGCAGCAGCAUCGGUUAAGUGUGGAUGCCAAUUUACAGAUUCCCAAAGAAUUGACAUCUGCAAGUAAAAGAGAAUUACUUAAGAAGGCUAAUGACCGCUUGACGUCUGGUGAAAUAACACAAGAUGAGUUUCUCAUGGUAGCUCAUCAGAUCCGACAGCUGUUCCAGUAUCAGGAAGGAAAGCACAGAUGUAAUGUCUGGGAUAGCCCUACAGAGGAAAAAUGUGGUUUGAAAAAGAAACCUCUUCUAUCGGAUGCAGAAUUAACAUAUUAUGAGCAUAAAGCUAAACUAAAAAGGACACAAGUUCAGCAUUCAUUGUCAAGGCUUGAUCUGUUGGAUCCUGAUGAUAUUUUGGAUUACCAUAUACCUGAUGCAUUGCUUUCUGGAAUAGAAUGUGAGCAGGCAAAAGCCAAGCGGGGGGUACAGUUUGACAGAAAAGAACCAUUUGCAGAAAGAUCAAGGAGACACUCUCCUGUAAGUGGCACUACAAGACCAUUUGCUGAAAACCUGUCACCGCUUGAGAGUCGACGAAGACUUGAAGACCAGCGUGCUACUAAAGGAGCAAGAGGUUCUGAUCCUUAUGACAGCUGGGGAGAAUCGGAUGAAUUUAGAGAUGCUCUCAGACAGCAGGGGAAAAGCACAGCAGAGUUCCAGAAAACAGAUGGAGAUGCACUCUGCAGGUUUGAUAAUCGUGAAGAAAGACAGCUUCUUGGGCAAGCUGGUGUUCGGGAGGAACCAAGGUCACCAUUCACUGAACGUUUCAAAAGAGCUAGAUAUGAAGAUCCAGAGAAAGCACCAUUUCCAGAAAGUCCAGGAUCCAGAUUUGGAAGUAUUGAAGCAAAGCAGAGGAUAAGUGCACUGAUGGAAGACAGACCUCUGUUUGAUGGCUCACCUAGACCGACUGCUGCAAGGGUUGGUGUGGAUGGACAAGGCAGUCCUUUUGUUGAUGGUCCUGCUGCUGGUUCAAGUUCCAGAAUUGAUGGACCAGCUGGACAGGCUGCUAUGAGAUUUGAAGGGCCUUUGGUGGGGACAGGUGCAUCUCAGUUUGAUGGACCACUGGCAGGAGCAGGAGGAGCUGGAGCCCUAAGAUUUGAUGGGCCACCAGGGCAGCUGGCAGGGUCCCUGAGAUUUGAAGGACCCCCAGGCCAGGUUGGUGGAGGAGGUCCACUGCGGUUUGAGGGACCUCUUGGGCCUUUGCGGUUUGAGGGGCCUGCAGGGCAGCCUGUAGGCGGUGCUAGGUUUGAAGGUCCUGGAGUUGGUCUCAGGUUUGAGGGUCCUCAUGGUCAGCCUUCAGGUGGUCUCAGGUUUGAGGGACCUCAUGGUCAACCUAUGGGGCCUCGGGGUCAACCAGGGGGUGGUCUCAGGUUUGAGGGACCCCAUGGUCAGCCCUUGGGGCCUCAUGGUCAACCAGGGGGUAGCCUCAGGUUUGAGGGGCCACAUUUACAGCCAUUGGGGCCCCAUGGACAACUUGGAGGUGGCCUCAGAUUUGAGGGGCCACAUGGUCAGCCCAUGGGGCCACAUGGGCCAUCAGGUGGUGGGCUCAGGUUUGAGGGACCACAUGGACCAUCAGGUGGUGGGCUGAGACUGGAAGGACCACGUGGUCAGCCAGGUCUAGGUCCUAGGUUGAUUGAUGGACCAGUACACCAGGGAGCUGGUGGACUUAGAUUUGAUGGUCCUCUUGGUCGGGCUGGUCCGAGAUUUGAUGGAUGUCAUGGAGCUGGAUUUGAUGGUCAGCCUGGACAGCUGUCUCUCCUGCAAAGAUUUGAUGGACUUCAUGGACAGCCUGGUCCAAGGUUGGCACCUGGCCAACAGGCACAAGCAAGAUUUGAAACAGCCAUACCUCAAAGAUUUGAUGGACCUCACCAGCCAGCCUCUAGGUUUGACUUGCCCCUUGGCCUUCAGGGUGCACGUUUUGAAAAUGUAGCUAACCAUCCUGCCUCAAGACUAGAAUUGUCACCAUAUGGACAAGGUGGUCCGUUUGUUGAGCAUCCUGGCCAAGGCUACAAUGGACCAGCUCAUGGAAUGCAGUUCCAGAGACCUGAUAUAUUCGAUGGUUCACCCGGACCAAAUUUCAAUGGGCCAGCUGGCCCAGGAGCACAGAGCUUCCCACUGAGAGCAGCUGGACAUUACUUCGAAGAAAAAGGUCUCCAGGGUCCUCAAUAUGGGAAUUUCAGUAAUAUGCCAAUGGGAGGUAGUCAGGUUUCUCUCAUGUCUGCUCAACCAGGACCUUAUGGCCAAGGUCAGCAGUAUUUGCCAAAUCCUGGAAGCUUUGUCCAGAACCCCGCAGGAGCCCUUUCCCAUUCAUAUCCUGAUAACCACCUUGGACAGGUUGAUGUGAAUGAAUUGUUUGCUAAACUGCUGAAAACAGGGAUCCUCAAAUUGUCUAAAACUGAUUCCACUUCAGCACAAGCGAACGAAACAUCGUCCCAGCCGAAUGCUGAAGAAGAAGAUGAUGAUCAGAAUGAAGAUCAAAAUGUUCCAGACCUCACUAACUUCAUAGUCGAAGAACUUAGACAGCGCUAUGAUAGUGUUAUAAAUCGACUGUACACUGGAAUUCAGUGUUACUCCUGUGGAAUGAGAUUCACUACUUCACAGACAGAUGUUUAUGCAGACCAUUUAGAUUGGCAUUAUCGCCAGAACCGGACAGAAAAAGAUGUUAGCAGAAAAAUUACACACAGGAGAUGGUACUACAGUUUAACAGACUGGAUUGAAUUUGAAGAAAUAGCAGAUCUAGAGGAGCGUGCUAAAAGCCAGUUCUUUGAAAAAGCACAUGAAGAGGUUGUGUUGAAGACACAGGAAGCUGCCAAAGAGAAGGAGUUCCAGAGUGUCCCAGCUGGACCAGCUGGAGCAGUGGAGAGCUGUGAAAUUUGCCAAGAACAAUUUGAACAGUAUUGGGAUGAGGAAGAGGAAGAGUGGCACUUGAAGAAUGCUAUCAGGGUAGAUGAAAAGAUUUACCAUCCAUCUUGUUAUGAAGAUUACCAGAAUACAUCAUCAUUUGAUUGCACACCGUCUCCCAGCAAGACUCCUUCAGAAAAUCCACUAAAUAUAAUGUUGGACAUUGUUAAACAAGAAACAGAAGAGUCCUGUGACUCACCUAAAAUCAAAGAAGAACCUGAUGACACCCCUCCUGCCUGUGCAGAAGAGAGCACACCUGCAUCUACAGAAAUCAAAACAGAACCUGAGGAGUCUGUUUAAAUAAACUGCGGUAUGAUUUUUUUUUUUUUUUUUACAGAAGAGCUGCUGUGUUAAUUCUGGGAGGCGAAUACUUUUUAUAUGAAUAAAAUGUCCAAUUGAGGCAGGGCCUCAACUACUGUUUGGUUAAUAAAUACAUUUUUGUAUUUGAAAUUUCUUAUUGCCUGCACAGUUUCAGGUGUCAUUGUGUGAAAGUUCUGUAGAUGCGUGAAAAUUUAAUGGUAUAUGUAAAAAUGUAAAAUUUUCACUUGUUGAAAUGUAAAUUAUAAAUAAAAGAUAUUUUUGCUAUG